AUGAUUUAAAAUAGUUUUCUAGAUGAUUAAAAUCAUUAGCUAGUUCAACCAACUAGAAAUGAUUAAAAUGCCCCUAUUUAAUAAAGAAGUUGGAUAAUUUAAUAAUUAUUAUAAUUAAAAAGAUGCAUUACAUAUAAUCCUGACCCUGAACUAAUUUGGGAAGGACAUAAACCCAUCUCAUCGUAUAGUGAAUUUUAUGAGUUUAUUGAAUCUCAUUAUUAAGAAGUUAAAAGAUAAUCAAGCCUUAAAAAAUAUUACACUAAAAUAAUAUUUCAAAUAUUCAUUUAUUGUUUAAAUUUACUUGAGAUUAUUUUAACAUUAAUUUAUAAGGAGUACAAUAAAAUGAAUGAAACUGCAGAUACAUUUUAUGCAUGCUUCUUAAUUUCUCUUAUUUUAUGUGGUAUAAUGCAUGUAGCAGCCUUAUUUUACACACAUAAGUUUAGAGAAGUAAUGAAAAUUGGUGUUAUUGAUGAUUUACAUUUUUUUAUAUACUACUUGAUUAUGGGAGUAUUGAGUUAUUUUAAAUUAGCUCCAUUUAUUUAUUAUAUGAAUAGAGAUUAAUCAAUUAGAUAAUUCUCAUUUAGUGAAAUUAAUAAAUAUUUAUAAUUAAGUGAAGAUGAUAAAUUUAGAAAUCCAUGUAGGCUUUUUAAAAAAAGAACAAAGCCUGUUAAUAUGUUUAGGGAUUUAAUAUUUCAUAAUACAGCACUUCUUUCCAUGAUGAUCACCAUGACAAUUUAAACAAUUCCUUAACUUUUUAUAUAAGGCCUUUAUAAUACAUACUAUCAACGAUGGGAUGAUGGAUUCAAUUUUAUGACUUACAUAGUAUUACUAACCAAUUUGCUUUAUUAUCUCUCUGAAUUUUUUUUUAUCUUAUUUAUGACAGUCUAUAGAUAUAUGAACACAGCCCUUAAUUUAUAUUUGUAAAAAAUUAAAUUAUAAUCGAUUUAAGAAACAAAACAAUUAUUAAAAUCUGAUUUAAAUUAUAUGGGAUUUGUGAAAUCAUAUUAUUUUCAUAUUGAUUCAAGUGCAUUUAGUCCUUAUUAAAAGAAAAGAUGUAUGAUUUAAAUAAUAUUUUUCUUAAUGAAAUAGAAAACUAUAAAAAAUAUAGAAUUUCAUAAUAUUGAUUUAUACAAUGAAGUUACAUUAUAAUAUUUAGCUAAUUGUUUUAAAUUGAUUAAAGUAGAAUCAAUCAGUUUAUUAUAUUUUAAUCAACAAAGCUUAUAAUUAAUGAAUCGUAUUUUUUAGGGUAUGCCUAAUUUGAUAAUUGAAAAAUAAACUCCUGAAAAUCUUAAUACUAAAUGGGAAGCUGACAAUAUUAAUGCUAAUGCAUUAGAUGAAUAAAUAAAUAGAAUUUAAUUUAUUGAAAAUCCUAAAAUAAAUGCAGGAUGGUAAGUUUUAAGACAAAAUCAGAUUUCAAGAACUUAAUCAAUUUAGGUAACUCAAGAUUUUAAAGAUUUGAUUACACAAAAAAAUAUUUAUUCUUAAGAAACAGAUUAAACAAUUAUUAAUGAGGCUAAAUUAACAAUUAAUCAAAUUACAAAAAGCCUUCUUUUAGAUGAAAAAAUAGGAAAACUUACUUGCUUUAUUAAACUUCAUAAUUAUUAUGAAGAUUUGAUCAAAUUAACAUAGUAUCAAAAAUGUGUGUAAUCCUUUAUUUCUUUAUUGAAUUUAAGUUUUUAAAUUGUAAUUAUUGUUUAUUUAACUGGCGAUUAUGAUUUGUUUAUGUCUGCAUUAAUAUUUUUAAAUGUAAUAAAUCCUGCACUAUAACUAAUAUCAUUUUUAGUUUUUUAAUUUCAAACAUUUAGAGAUUAAGAAAUUGUUAGGAAAUUUGUGAAUGCUUUUUUAUUUGGAUUAUUUAAUUAUUUUAAUAUAUGGGAAUCAAUUUUACUUAUUUUUUAUAAAACUUAGAAUCCAUUAUUACUGGGUAUUUAACGAGAUUUUAGCUCUGAUACUUAUAUAAAAUUUAAAAGUUAUGCUUUAAAAUUCAGAGGAACUCUUGCUGUUUCAGUAUUUUAGUAUCCGAAAGCUAAUAUUGAUGAUACAAUUUAGGAAAUAAAGAAACAACCAUUUUUUUAGGCAAUAAUGUGGAGAGCAAGUGUUGAGGAGGCUUUAAAUAAGAUUCCUUAAUUUUUUAUAUUUAUCUUAGCUUUAACUUAAAAUGAUGUAACUGCAUUAUGGGUGCUAUCUUUUCUAAUGCAAUUGAAAGAAAGUAUAUUUGCACUAAAGGAUAUUUUAGAAUUAGUUAUUAAAGCAUUUUUUAUACCAGCCUUAAAUUUAAGCACAGAUUCAGUGGAUUAAUUCUUUUAAUCCAUUUUGUAUUUUCGAUCUANAAAAGAAAAGAUGUAUGAUUUAAAUAAUAUUUUUCUUAAUGAAAUAGAAAACUAUAAAAAAUAUAGAAUUUCAUAAUAUUGA